CGCAGCCGCUCGCGGGGCGCGUGCCGCCUCAGAGGCUUCCGCGCGCGCCGUGCGCAGCGCGUGAGGGGAGGCGGGCUGGGGCCGUGCCCCGCCGACGGACCGCUCCUCCGGUGAGCGCUGGGAGGCGACAGCGAGCUCCUCCCGCCGGAUCCGUUCCGGGGAGAGCGAACCGAGCGGCCAGACUUUUACCUUUUCUCUCUUUUCCCGUCGCUCUCCCCACCAUGCUCCGGACGCCGCCGCCCGCGGGGCAGAAGCCGCGGCUCGGCCCGGCGCCCCUCUCCUGAGGCGAUGCGGGAGGCGCCGGCGGGACGGAGCUAGCGAGACCCCCGACCGCCAUGCGGGAAGAGAGAGAAGCGGCCGCCUCCGUCUCCCGCCGCGGCCCCGGCAAGCCGCCGCCGCACCGCCCGCAGCCGGACGGCGCGGGGCCGCCGCCGCCGCCCCCCCCGGCGCCGCCCGAGAGCCUCCGGAACGGCUACGUGCGGGGCUGCGCGACCCCGCCGCGCCGGGACCUCCCGGAGAGCGUCCCGACCCCACCGCUCUGCCCCGGCGCCGCCGCCGCCUCCUCCUCCCGCCGGGCGCUGCUCAGCCUGGGUGCCCUGGCCGCCGUCGCCCUCUCGCUGCUGGCCUUCCCCGGCCGGGGCGGCGCCGGCCCGCAGGACGGCGGCGGCUGGCGGAACCCCCGGGCGUUGCACGCCUUGCUGAGCCUCUCCCGCUGCCUCAGCCCGCUCUUCAGCAUCGCCUGCGCCUUCUUCUUCCUCACCUGCCGCCUGGCCCGCGGGGAGCGCGGCGCGACGCGCUGGUGGCUGCUGGCGCUGCCCGUCUGCUGCUACUCGGGGGACCUGGUGGCGCUGCGGUGGCUGCCGCCCGCGCAGGGGCGCGUCGAGGAGACCCUCGCCCCCGGCGAGCCGCGGUUGGCGGCGGGCAGGCUGCUGGCCGCGCUGGGCUCGGUGGCGGCGCUCACCCUGCUGCGGAGCUCCGCGGGGCUCCGCCGCAGCCUUCUCGUCCUGCUCUUCUCCGGCGCGGUGUGGCUGGUGUCUCUGACCGGCCUUCAGCCGCUGCCCCCGGCCCUCCGGCCGCUGCUGGCGGGCUCGGUGGGGGUGGCGGGCUGCCUGCUGGCUCUCCGCGGCGCCGAGCGCGGCAUCUUCCCGGCCCGGGGCCGGGCGGCGCCCCGGCAGCACCAGCCGCAGCCCCGGCUGCCUGGCGUGGAGGACAAAGUGCCUGCGGUCAGACCCCGGCGGAGGUCGAGCUGCGUGUCCCUGGGGGAAGCUUCGGGCAGCUACUACGGCAGCAGCAAGAUGUUUAGGAGACCCUCGUUGCCUUGCAUCUCCAGAGAGCAGAUGAUACUUUGGGAUUGGGAUUUGAAGCAGUGGUACAAGCCUUACUACCAGAAUGCUGGCAGUGGAACUGGAGUUGAUCUUUCAGUACUAAAUGAGGCUCGGAGCAUGCUAACAGACCUCCUGACUGACCCAUCCCUUCCACCACAAGUGAUUUCUUCCCUUCGAAGCAUUAAUAGUUUGAUUGGUGCUUUCUCAGGCACAUGCAGGCCAAAGGCUAAUCCAUUCACACCAUUUCCUGGUUUCUUCCCCUGUCCUGAAGUAGACGAUCCUGCUGAAAAAGGAGAUCGAAAGCCACUCAAGGGAUUAAUUAGCAGGAAUAGCCUGCCAACACCACAGCUGAGACGAUCUUCAGGAGUUUCUGGUAUUCCACCUAUAGAGUCACCAUCUUCUAAAUGGGAACGGAGUAACAGUAAGAGAACUCAUCAGGACUAUAAUGUGUCAAGCCAAGGAUCUCAUUCAAAUGGAUCUUUUGGUGCAAACCUGUUGACGAUACCAAAAUCGAGAUCAUCAUCUUUGACACUGGCUCACCAUAUGGGUCCCAGACGAGCAGGUGCUUCUCCUGGCCUGAGUCCGGUGGGUUCACCUACUCAUGGAUCUGUCUCCAGUGGCAGCUGGUCUCCUGUAGAAUUUCCUGAUACUGCUGACUUUCUUACAAAACCAAGCAUUAAUAUCAGUAAGCCUCCGACACACACAUUUAGUUCUUCAGAUUAUCAGCAGCAAGUUAAAACACCCGUGGGUUAUGUGUGUAGCAGCUGUGGACGACAGAUACUCAAGCCUAUUCCAUCGCUAGAGGAAGAAUUUGUGGAAUAUAAAGACGAAAAAUCAGGUGAAGUUGGAAGCACUAAUCUCUCAACAGAGUCUUUCCACCAUACAGAGGAGACAAAAGACGAAAAGAAAGAAAUAAUUACUCAAACACAAAAUAAAUCACUUGUGGUGCAGAGUCCUAAAUUAGAAACGAUGAUAACAGAACACGAUUCACUGAUGGAAAAAAUGAACAAUUGGAAUUUCCAAAUUUUUGACCUUGUGCAAGAAAUGGGAGACCAGUCUGGAAGGAUCCUUAGCCGGGUAACUUACACCUUGUUUGAAGACACUGGUUUGUUUGAGAUUUUCAAAAUCCCAGUUAAAGAAUUCAUGAAUUACUUCUGUGCACUGGAAAAUGGCUACCGAGAUAUUCCCUAUCACAAUCGUAUACACGCCACGGAUGUUCUUCAUGCAGUUUGGUAUCUGACCACAAGGCCCAUUCCUGGAUUUCAGCAAAUUCAUAAUGAGCAUGUACUGGAAACUGAUAUGGAUGAAGCUGGUGGUGGUGUUCCUGAUCAAGUCAGCUAUAUUUCUUCAAAAAGCUGUUCUGUUACUGAUGACAGUUACGGGUGCCUGGCAUCAAACAUUCCUGCCUUGGAACUCAUGGCUUUAUAUGUGGCAGCUGCCAUGCAUGAUUAUGAUCAUCCCGGUCGUACAAAUGCUUUUUUAGUAGCUACAAAUGCACCACAGGCUGUUCUUUACAAUGACAGAUCAGUCUUAGAAAAUCACCAUGCUGCUUCUGCCUGGAAUCUUUUCUUAUCACGACCAGAAUACAACUUUUUAUCAAAUCUUGAUCACGUAGAGUUUAAGCGUUUUCGUUUCUUAGUGAUUGAAGCAAUCCUUGCCACAGAUCUCAAGAAGCAUUUUGAUUUCCUUGCAGAAUUUAAUUCCAAGGCCAAUGAUAUCGACAGUCAUGGUAUAGAAUGGAGCAAUGAAAAUGAUCGCCUGCUUGUCUGUCAAAUAUGCAUCAAACUGGCAGAUAUCAAUGGCCCAGCAAAAGUUAGAGAGCUGCAUCUGAAAUGGACAGAAGGCAUUGUUAAUGAGUUUUAUGAACAGGGUGAUGAAGAAGCAAGUCUUGGGUUACCUAUAAGUCCUUUCAUGGAUCGUUCUUGUCCACAACUUGCAAAACUGCAAGAAUCUUUCAUCACUCACAUAGUUGGCCCCCUUUGUAAUUCCUAUAAUGCAGCAGGGCUGCUUCCAGGGCGGUGGGUAGAUGAAGAGGAGGAUGCAGAAAGUAAUGAAGAUGAUGGAGCUCAGUUGGAGAGUGAUGAUGAAGAAAUAGAAGAUGAUCUCAUUUUAAAAGCUCAAAGAAAAAAAGGUAGAAGAAUAUUCUGUCAGCUAAUACACCAUCUCAGUGAAAAUCACAAAAUAUGGAAGAAAGCAGUUGAAGAAGAAGAAAAAGCUGAAGGAGCUGAACUGAUAACAGAGAUCUCAUCUUUACCUCAAGCAGAUGAAAUUCAGGUUAUUGAGGAAGCUGAUGAAGAAGAUGAGCGGCAACUAGGAGAAGAAAAGACAUGCUGAGUAAACUCCAGUUGUGUUCAGUACGAUGAUAGGAAGUCCUAUUUUUUUUUCACUGUGCAGACUUUAGCCUGAUGCAUUUCACUUAAAGUUGAAAGGCCUUAAUACUGUGAGAGGAUUCUUUCUGCUCCAGUGGAAUCCCACUCCUAUGCACUUUCACCACACAGAAUACAAAACUUUAUUCUAAAAUUAAGUAUUGCAUACCCAGAUGCAAAGUUCCUUAUGCCUUAGUUGGUAUAAAAUAUCCUGAUACAAUGCUGCCUUGCUGAAUACAGAACUCUUAUUUUCCUCGAGGUACCUACGAUUUUUAGAUACAUUCAGUGACUUCAGUUACCAAAGUGGCAAGAACUUUUUGCUAACAAGGAUAUGUUUGAUGAAUUCUAAUAUUGUCUUGAGUUGUGUAUUUCAUGUUGUUUUUGAACAUGAAUAAGAAGAAUUCUGUGCCUAUAUGAAAACCAUAUUCCUGUUGCAGUGCAAGCCUGUUGUGGGGUGUCUACUUUAGUGCAAUCGCGUGCUUAAUGUAGUCAUCUCAGAGCAACUGUUCACGGACUGUGACGGAAAAGCUAAAUUUUGAUACUUGUGGUUUAAAAGAAGAAAAAAAAAUCAGAUGCAUCUAUUUAUGAUGCUUUUUAUUCUUGUGCAUAAUCUGAUGGUUUGGGUUUUUUUGCAGAAAAUAUUCAGGUUUGCAGUGGGUAUUCGUUGAAUAUGAGGCCAUUAUCAUCUGUUGCCUUGCUGUUUUGUGGUAAAACAUUAAAAAUCUGUUCAGCUACUUAAAUUAUUAAGGGAUUUUAUUCUUCUAGUUAUAAUGCUAUAUUUCCUGCCCUUACUCAGGUUCCUGUUUAAAAAAACAAGUCAGCAACACAAUAGAUUUUAUCUUGCACCAAUUUCUGGUAUUAAAUUGUAAAGAAAUAAGGUCUUAUUUCAUUUAUUCUUUGUAUGUAAAACUUUAGGAGAAUUAAAGAUUUUUUUUU